AGCAGCAGGCGCCCCGGCGCGCAGCAGCCUAUGUUUCAGACGAACUAAAAGCAGCAGCAUUGGUGGAAGAAGAUGUGGAACCUGAUGAAAACACAGUUGAUGGGGAGCCUUCAGCAAAAUAUAUGUGUCCAGAAAAAGACUUCAGUAAGAACUGCCAAAGCUACCAAAAUUCUCCAGCUGCUGAAUUUUCUAGCCAUGAAAUGGAUAGUGAGUCACACAUCAGUGAGACAAGUGACCGCAUGGCAGACUUUGAGAGCAGUUCUAUUAAAAAUGAAGAAGAGAACAAGGAGGUUUCAAUACCACUCGAAGACUCUACUGUAUCUGAUAGUUUAGAACAAAUGAAAGCUGUAUAUAAUAACUUUCUCUCCAAUUCCUACUGGUCCAAUCUCAAUUUGAAUAUUCACCAGCCGAUUUCAGAAAAAAACAACGGUAGCAGCAGCAGUAGCAGCAGCAGCAGCAGUAGUUGUGGAAGUGGCAGCUUUGACUGGCACCAGACUGCUAUGGCUAAAACACUGCAGCAAGUUUCUCAGAGCAGAAUUCUUCCUGAACCGAGCCUUUUUAGUACAGUUCAAUUGUACAGACAAAGCAGUAAGCUUUAUGGCUCUAUAUUUACUGGAGCCAGUAAAUUCCGCUGUAAAGACUGCAGUGCUGCCUAUGAUACUUUAGUAGAAUUAACAGUGCACAUGAAUGAAACAGGACAUUAUCGAGAUGACAACCAUGAAACUGAUAACAAUAACCCUAAAAGAUGGUCCAAACCUCGUAAACGCUCAUUGCUUGAAAUGGAAGGGAAAGAAGAUGCCCAGAAAGUAUUAAAGUGUAUGUACUGUGGUCAUUCGUUUGAAUCUCUUCAGGAUUUGAGUGUUCAUAUGAUCAAAACAAAACACUACCAAAAAGUGCCUCUGAAGGAACCUGUUACACCUGUAGCAGCAAAAAUUAUCCCAGCUACUAGAAAGAAAGCAUCACUAGAGCUUGAACUUCCAAGUUCGCCAGAUUCCACAGGUGGGACACCAAAAGCAACAAUCUUGGAUACCAAUGAUGCACUUCAAAAGAAUUCCAAUCCCUACAUUACACCAAAUAAUCGCUAUGGUCACCAGAACGGUGCGAGCUAUGCCUGGCACUUUGAGGCAAGGAAAUCUCAAAUUCUGAAGUGCAUGGAAUGUGGAAGUUCGCAUGACACUCUGCAGGAACUCACUGCUCACAUGAUGGUGACGGGACAUUUUAUUAAAGUCACUAACUCUGCCAUGAAAAAAGGGAAGCCAAUUAUAGAAGCCCCAGCAACACCUACAAUAACGUCCUUAGUAGAUGAGAAAGUCCAGUCUGUGCCACUAGCUGCCACCACUUUUACAUCUCCUUCCAAUACACCGUCUAGUGUUUCCCCUAAAUUAAAUGUUGAAAUAAAAAAAGAAGUAGAUAAAGAAAGAAACAUUGCUGAUGACAAAAUGAAGGACAAAGAAAAGUCAAGUGAAGAUGAGGAGAAAUACGAUAUUUCUUCAAAGUACCAUUACUUGACUGAAAAUGACCUAGAAGAAAGCCCUAAAGGGGGACUAGAUAUAUUGAAAUCUUUAGAAAACACAGUUACAUCAGCUAUAAAUAAAGCCCAGAAUGGCACACCAAGCUGGGGUGGCUACCCCAGCAUUCAUGCUGCCUAUCAGCUGCCAAAUAUGAUGAAGCUAUCAUUGGGUUCAUCUGGCAAGAGUACACCAUUAAAACCUAUGUUUGGAAACAAUGAACUAGUAUCACCAUCUAAAAACCAGCCUUUGGUGUCUCCGCCAAGCAGCCAGACCUCACCUGUGCCAAAAACAAACUUUCAUGCCAUGGAAGAAUUGGUAAAGAAAGUCACUGAGAAGGUGGCUAAAGUGGAGGAGAAAAUGAAAGAGCCUGAAGGAAAGCUUUCUCCAAUGAAGAGUGCAACACCUUCACCAUGCAGUAGUGAAGUCAGUGAACCCCUUAAAAUGGAUGCCUCCAAUGAUGGUGGCUUUAAAAGCCAGCAGAACAGCCCAGUCCCUCAGAGAGAUGGCUGCAAGGACAGUCCAACUGUAGAACCUGUGGAAAAUGGGAAAGAACCCGUUAAGUCAAUUGUAAGUUCUUUAAGUAGCAGCACAGCUAUCAUUACUGAUCACCCUCCUGAACAGCCAUUUGUAAAUCCAUUAAGUGCACUGCAGUCUGUCAUGAAUAUUCACCUUGGGAAGGCAGCAAAGCCAUCUUUGCCCGCUUUGGACCCAAUGAGCAUGCUUUUUAAAAUGAGCAAUAGUUUGGCAGAAAAGGCUGCAGUGGCCACCCCACCUCUACAGUCCAAAAAAACGGACCACUUAGACCGUUAUUUUUAUCAUGUCAACAAUGACCAACCCAUAGAUUUGACGAAAGCAAAGACAUCUGCAGUCGUGUCAUUCAUGUCAAACUCGCCGCUACGCGAGAAUGCCUUGUCAGAUAUAUCUGAUAUGCUGAAGAACCUGACAGAAAGUCACACAUCAAAAUCUUCCACACCUUCCAGCAUAUCUGAGAAAUCUGACAUUGAUGGUACCACAAUAGAGGAACCAGAAGAGAGUACACCAGCUCAGAAAAGGAAGGGACGUCAGUCUAACUGGAACCCUCAGCACUUGCUCAUCUUACAGGCCCAGUUUGCAGCUAGUUUACGGCAGACUUCAGAGGGUAAAUACAUCAUGUCAGACUUGAGCCCUCAAGAAAGAAUGCACAUUUCCAGGUUUACAGGACUUUCAAUGACCACAAUUAGCCACUGGCUAGCCAAUGUGAAAUACCAGCUCCGAAGGACGGGGGGAACUAAGUUCCUUAAAAAUUUGGACACUGGACAUCCAGUGUUCUUUUGUAAUGACUGCGCGUCACAGAUCAGAACUCCUUCAACUUAUAUCAGUCAUCUUGAAUCGCAUCUGGGUUUCAGGUUAAGAGACUUGUCCAAACUGUCCAGUGAACAGAUUAACAAUCAGAUAGCACAAGCAAAGUCACCGUCUGAAAAGCUGGUGACAUCCUCUCCAGAGGAAGAUAUCGGAACUUCUUACCAGUGCAAACUUUGUAACAGGACUUUUGCAAGCAAGCAUGCUGUUAAACUUCAUCUUAGUAAAACACAUGGGAAGUCACCAGAGGAUCAUCUUCUGUAUGUUUCAGAAUUAGAGAAGCAGUAGCAUUUGGUUUUGAUUAGAAUAACUGUAAUUUGCUUUGAGGAAAACUGUCAAAGACGCCUUAAAGCUACUGUUUAGUUCUUGGCACAUGUUCUUAUUUUAACUCCAGAGUCACUCUGGGCUGAACUGUUUUGUAUAACUGUACAGUGUUUAAAUAGAGGUGCAUAAUCAGCUGUUGUUACUGGUAAAAUAUGAAGGUUAAAAUGCAGUGGUAAGUGUUUGGAACUUUGUGUAAAUUGGAUUUAGUUGCUGUGCAUCCCUCUGAUGCAUCAAGCUGCAUGCAUUAACAGACAGUUUAAUUAAGCAUUUAUAACUAAUUCUGGUGCACUUUUUUCAUGUGACCUAAGUGUGCUGGUAUUUCUCACCCUAUAAUCUUUAGCCCUCUGAGUACUUUGAAGCACUUUUGCAUUAAUUUGGCAAAAAUGUGUGGAUAUGUUUGUUGUUGUUGUUUUUUUUAAUCUUUUUUUUUUUUAAAAAAUCACCUUACCAGCUUAGUUCUGAUUAUUAAUAUGAACCUCCAUUUAUGCAGAGGUGUCUCACACCUUAAAAUUUAAAAAUAUAAUUUUCACAUUGAAACAUGGGUGUAUAUAUUGUAUAGAUUUCAAAAUCUCUUAUGAAAAAUGUGAUUGUGGUUAAUGCCAUUUUCUUUUUCUUCAGCAUUUUUAGCAACAGUGUUUUUCGUACCUGGUAAGCCCCAGGUAUGAACUGUACUUAUAUAUAGUGUAUAUUUCAUUUUUUAGAUCUAACAGUUUUUCUUUUAACAUCCAAACAUUGUAAAUUAUAUGAUGAGAGAUACGGCAGAUAGCAUUUAUAAAGUAUUCAGAAACAUUAUUCUUAAAGCAAAGUAUGUUUUGUUUUGUUUUGCUAUACAGUACAUCUAUAUUAAUAGAGGUUCAUGUUUAAAUUAUACAUAUUUAUUAGUGUUGCUAUCAUUUGUUUGUUUUUUUCUUUUUUUAAAAACCGUCUGAAGAAAUAGAAGCCACGGACUGCAUUCCUGGCACGCAUUAUAACUGUUUUGCACAACAUGACUUUUAAAGGUAUUUAUUAGUAAAAAAAUAAAAUAAAAUAAAAAGAGAAAAUUCAAAACAAACUCAGUGCUCAAAGGGUUAAAUCUAUUUGAAAACUUGUACUGUAUUUCCUAAACAUUGAUAAAGCCUUUAAAAUGUUUGUACUGUAGUACUUUGCUUAAAAGUUAUGAGGCAUUCUGUGAUAUAACCUCUUUUACUUAUUUAUAAGCGCUCUUGGUUGUUAUUUCCUAUUGUAGAAUGCCUUUUUAUUUCAACUGGUAACUUUCUGUUUUGUUCUGCCUAAUUAUUCUCCCAAGAUUCCAUACUGCAGCUUUAUCUUUAGGCAUAUGAAAGGUAACCCGUGGUUACCAGCACACUAAGUGAUUCUGUUCGUCUCCAUUUUUGGCAGUUAAUUUGCAGAAGUAACUGACAGCUGACACCAUAUGAGAAUCUAUGUAUAAAAUAUUGGCAUGUAAACAGCACAGACACUGUAAUGCACUCUGUGCCCUGUUUUGUUGUUGACAAUGAAGCACCA